GGCAGCGGCCGUGGCGGCGGCGGCAGUGGUGGAGGGAGGAGGAGGAGGAGGAGUAGGAGGAACAUGGCGGCCGGCGGCGGCGGCGGCAGCGGCAGCCCCGGUAGCGCUGCACGGGAUGGCCGCUUUCUGGCAGCUUUGGCUAGCUCACAGUUCAAGAAAGAUGGAGGAUUUAAAAAUAAUUGGAGCUUCGAUGAUACAGAAGAAAGUGAAGGAGAUGCAGAAAAAGAUGAUGCAAAUCUUUUCGGUAUAGAAGAGGAUAAUGAAUCUGACACUUCAGAAGGAAAGAAGUCACAACAUUGUCCAUCUGAAGCUGUUGGUACUAGUUCUGGUGACUUCAUAAAGACAUAUGUAAAACGAAACAAGAUUGGAAACUUCAAAACUUUGAAAGGAAACUCAUUGGGCCUUAAUAUGUUGAGCAACAACAAGAAACUGAGUGAAAAUGCAAAAAAUAUUUCAGCAUGUUCUGGAACCGUAGUGCAUGGUAGACGUUUUCACCAUGCUAAUGCGCAGACACCAGUAGUAAAAACUGCAGCACAAAGCAAUCUGGAUCAAAAAGAAAGGAAAGAGUACCCCCCUCAUGUUCAGAAAAUAGAAAUUGACCAUAUUAGGUUGCCACGGCCCCAAAGUAUAGAAAGCAUAAUAGAGAAAACAGAAGAGUCUGAAUCUGCAUCAGAAUCUGAAAUCAAGAGGAAGGUACAACCAAAACGUCACUGCAAUUCAUACCAGUCUGAUUUCCAGCUGUCUCCUGCUUCAAAAAAAAAUUUAACCCACUUAGAGGUUUCUGCACAAACUGAAUAUUGUCCACAGUGCGGCAAAGAAAGAAAAAAUCAGACCAAAUGCCAAAACUGCGGGGUUACUUUUUCUAAGGAUUUACAAAGAAAUUGUAGGCAAGCAUUAAAUGAAGCAGCAGUACCUUUAUCACGAACAUCCAUUCAUCAUAAUUCAGGAGGACAAAAGUCUCAAAACACUGGACUAAAUGCCAAAAAAUUUUAUGGCAAUACUUUGGGAAAGGUUCCAGUUGAUAUUAUUGUGAGUAAUGAUUAUGUUGGACAGAAUUUUCUACAGUCAAACGGAAAAAUCCUUUUACCUGGUGCAAAAAUACCCCAAAUUACAAACUUAAGAAAACGGAAUACAAAACCAUCUGAUUUAAAUGAUCCAAUAAUUUUGUCCAGUGAUGAUGAGGAUGACACUGACAGUGGAAAUACUAAUAGAAGAGAAAGUGUAUCACCUCGACCAGCAGAUUCAGCACGUUCUUCCCCAGCACCCUCUACAGGAAAAGUAGAAGCUGCACUAAAAGAAAAUAGUUGUGGAUUAGAACAUAGAGGGAGAAGUACUUCAACAGACUCAGAACUAGUGGUCACAAUACCAAGAAAAGCACGAAUGAAAGAUCAGUUUGGCAAUUCUGUACCAAAUACACCCCUAAAACGCCGUAAAGUCACUUCUCCAGAAACUUUAGUUGAUACUACACCUUUAAAUUUCCAAAGUCACUUUGAAAGUGUCAUUCUGAAUUGUCGAAGCAUACGAAUAGGAACUCUGAGGCGUAUGGUAGCAGAGCCUGUAAUUUUUUGUUUAGAUUUUAUCAAGAUUCAUCUAGAGGAAUUCGAAAGUGGUGACAUACAAGAGAUUGAUUUAAAAACCUCAGAACUUACUAAAUGUGAAUGGUGUAGUGUAAGGAAGUUGCCUGUAGUAUUUCUACAAACAAUACCAGCUGCUUGUCAUACCCUGAGAAUGCAAUUGAAGAUGAAUCGAGAGAGAGAUAAUUCUUGGUAUGAUUGUGAAGGAGAAAGUCCUGAAGAACAGUAUAUUAUUUUAAUUUUUGAAACUGGCCUUGAUUCACAGGCAAAUAUAGUGUUUGAAAAUAUCAUUACUGAAAUUGGUAUCAGAAAUAAUAUUCCUGAUUUUUUUGUGAAAAUCUCCUUUGAAGAAGCCAAUGGAAGACUUGUUGCUUUUACAAAAACCUAUGAAGAAGUUUCCAAAGCAAGUUCCCUACAAAAAGAAAGCAAAAUAAAAAAUGUUUCAUUUGAACCCAAAAUACAAUUAAGAACACCACAAUUCCAGUUUUUUGAUGAGGAUGAGGAAAUUGGAGAACCACAUACUGUCUUUAUUGGUCCUAUAGAAAAAUUGAUAGUGUAUCCACCACCUCCAGCUAAGGGAGGCAUCUGUGUUACUAAUGAGGAUCUACACUGUCUAAAUGAAGGAGAAUUUUUAAAUGAUGUUAUCAUAGAUUUUUAUUUAAAGUAUUUGGUACUUGAAAAGUUGAAUAAAGAAGAUGCUGACCGAAUUCAUAUCUUUAGCUCUUUUUUCUAUAAACGCCUUAAUCAAAGAGAGAGAAGAAAUCUUCAUGAAACAACAAACCUCUCGAUACAACAAAAGCGACAUGGGCGUGUUAAAACAUGGACUCGGCACGUAGAUAUUUUUGAAAAGGAUUUUAUUUUUGUUCCCCUCAACGAAGCUGCACAUUGGUUUUUGGCUGUUGUUUGUUUCCCGGGCUUGGAGAAACCCAAGUAUGAACCAAAUCCUCAGUAUCAUGAAAAUAUUGCCAACCAAAAAGGUUCAGCUGCAGAGGAUAGCUGUACUUCUUCCUCUUCAUCUAAUGAAAUGGAUAGUUUACAAAACUCUCCUGCCAAGCCUGUAAUAAAGAAAAUACCAAACAGAAAGCAUAACAUGGCUUUAAUUGACUCAAGCAUUAUAAGUGAAGAAAGUGACUUAUACUGUCAGAGAAGCCCUUGUAGUGGGAAAAGUGUUCUGAAAAAAAUAAAUCAUAUUGAAUGUGAAACUAAAGUAGAAUCUGCUUGUCAGAAACUUGAUAAUAGGACUAAAGAUGAGAAUGGCAUGCAGAAUGAAUUUCUACCUUCUUCACAUCAUACAGAUGGUUUGAACAGAAUCAGAUUAAACUAUAGUGAUGAGCCAGCUGAUAUUGGUAAUAAGUUGCUUGAAGAUGAGCUUAUUGACUUCUCAGAAGAUCAGGAUAACCAGGAAGAUAGCAGUGAUGAUGGGGGUCUUGAUGAUACCUGUAGUUCUGAAUUAGGGCAAUGGCAUCUGAAGCCUACAAUCUGUAAACAACCCUGUAUCCUGCUUAUGGAUUCACUCAGAGGCCCUUCUCGCUCAAAUGUUGUAAAAACACUAAGAGAGUAUCUGGAAGUGGAAUGGGAAGUAAGAAAAGGAAGUAAAAGAAGUUUUUCCAAAGAUCUUAUGAAAGGCUCUAAUCCAAAAGUACCACAGCAAAACAACUUCAGUGAUUGUGGAGUAUAUGUAUUGCAAUAUGUGGAAAGCUUUUUUGAGAAUCCAAUUUUGAAUUUUGAACUUCCAAUGAAUUUGACAGACUGGUUUCCUCGCCCAAGAAUGAAAACUAAACGAGAAGAAAUCCGGAACAUAAUCCUAAAACUACAGGAAGAGCAGAGCAAAGAAAAGAAGGGACAGAGAGACAUUAAUUUAUCAGAAGCAUCUUUACAGGAAAAAGCAGAUCAAUAUAUCAACAGCAGCUCAGACUGAACUUUUCUGUUGCAUGUUAGCUCUCCUGUCAGAAACGGAAUGUUUUUACCUUCAGCUAAAUAGACUAAAGAACUGAAGUAUUUCACUACUCAAAAUAGAUUGGGAAUGUUUUAAAAAUGUUUGUACAAAUGUGUCAUAAUUGAUUCCCAAAGGAGUAUGUAUUAAGUAAAAUUCUGUAAAUAUGUUAAUGAAGCCAAUUUUUCCAGCAUUUGUAAUUAAUUUUUUCACUUGUUAGGAAGCUUUUGUUAUGUAUUUUCUGUUAAUAGUACUUAAUAGCAACUUCUAAACAUAAGACAAAUAAAAAGAAAAUACUUAUAGGAUAAAGUGGUUAACUUGCUAUUCUUUAGUAAAUUCAUAUUAAGUUCCCCAGUGAGUGUGAUGUACAUAGUUCAAGGGACUAUUCAGGUAUUUUGUGAUCCUAUUUUGACCUUUUACAUUUGCUUUUAAGAUACUUUGAGUACAGUUUUAACAUAGUAUUAGACUAUGUCUAAACUCAUCUUAGGCCCCCCCAAAAUGGUGAAUAUCCACAAAUAAGGCACAAAUUCAAGCAAUGUAGCAGCAAAAUUAAAGGUUUUAAAUCCUUUGGUUUUCAUUUCAUGCACUCCAGUGUAUAACAGUUCACAGACAACUUUUGAAUCAAAAGCAACAUUGAGCAAUUUCAAGUAUUCCUGAAUUAUAUUGCUUAGUAAUAUGCUGUACUAGUUAUACAAAUGUAUCUUGAAAAGUUUUGAAAGGUUUCAUUAUAGAACUGUUUGGUAAGUAUGGUUAGAUUUGCAAAUUGCCCACAUUACCCUUCUAUAUUAUAGUUCAAAAUGUGCUACAAUUUAUGUGCCGUAGUUAAGUAAUGAACAUUUUAAAAAUCUGUAUAAGCAUACAUAUAUAAAUACAGGAUUACUAUUUUUUGUAAUGUCUACUGCAAAAUAUCUUCAGUGUUCAUUCAUUUUUCUUGGGUUUUAGUUAGACUAUUAAGCUUUUUAAUCAAGAUUUUCACAGUAUGAUUUAUUCUUACAUGUAAAGGAUGUUACAGCCUUAAAUCAUUGUAAAAUGCAGAAUAAGCUCCUACCUUAUAAUUUUCAAAGGUGUUGGUAUUGAGAUGAAAGAUUUACAUCUGUCAUGUACAGAUCUUGCAUGAUUCUAUCCAGUCAUUCAUUACUUUUCCAAUGAAAUCUUCGUAUAUCUAAAGAGAAAUUGUCCAUUUAAAAAAUAAGCUGUGCUCAGAAUUGAAAUAGAAUUUUUUACACUCAUUUUGCAUUCCAUGAUGGAAUUGGAAGUAUAUGGGAUAUAAAGGGAAGAGAAGAAUGGGGGGGUAGCAUUUUAAAUUAAAAUGGUUUUGGUUUCAGUUUGGGGAUCUCUUGCAGCUUUCAAGGACCAUUCUCAUACUUAAAAUUUGUGGAGGGAAAAGGUUGACUGUUUAAAAGAAAAACUAUUGAUAUAAACUUUAAAUUAGUCAUUGUAAUUUGUAUAGAGAUUAUUUUCUUCUUCAUCUCUUCUGUGUCUUUUCCUUGAAGAAACAAUUUUAUUAGAUUUAUUUAGUAGAAAAUUACACAUUUUUUUAAGUUCAGUAUUAGAAUUGUCAACUAUAAAUUUUUUUUUCUUUGCUUACACCUAUGGUCCAUAGAAUUUUUAUUUCGGAUGACGUUAGGAUUAUUUCAUUGUUGGAAAUACCCUAGAGCUAGUUGCAUAUUUCAGGAUGUGAAGAAAAAAAUGUUUAAUUUUAUCAUCAUUUAAUAAAUGUUAUGGUAAGAUGCUUUUAGAUCUGCAGUCUUACAGCAAGCUAAUAUACAUGUUGAACAUAGAACUUAUUUUUUUAAUAAAAUGAACUUCAUAGAAAAUUUGCAAAAUUGAUUCAUUUGACCUCUUUUAAAAAUACAUUGCACAUACUAUUCAAAUGUGUGGUACUGUUAAUAUAAAAAUCAGUACUACAGAAUGUCUUUUUUUACCUUAUUUCAAGAUGAUGUGUUUUAACUAUCUGUCUAUUCCUUCAUUAGGUAAAAUCUUUCUUAACCCUUGAAUUGACUCUGCUUUACCAAAGUAGCAGUCAGGAUUUUAUAUUUUUGUUUUUACUAUAAAGUAUGUAGAUUGCAUAGGUUGAUGAUUCCCAAAAUAUUAAAGGUACAAAACUGAAUACUUUGCAGCUUUUUCUUAACCUUUUUCAAGUGCUAUACAAAGUAGUUUUUAAAAGAAUUUUUAAAAAUAAUUUUGUUUGAACUACUGAGAGACAUUAUAGGAUAUCUCAAAACUAUAAUUUGUGAAUUAUUUGUUCAGAAAGACACAGGGUCAGUAGAUAAUUGUGUUUUCCUAUAUCCACCUUUUGUUGCAUGGACCUGGAGUUAGACAUUAAGUUAAUUUUGAUGUGUCUGUAUCUAGAGGUUGUUGACCGGUAUUUCUUUAAAACGUCUGAAGGUUUGUUACUAGAUACUUGAAACAACAUGACUCCAUUAUACAAAGUAUCCAGUAUCUAAUUAGAUAAUGGUUUCCUUGGUGGAUAGAAUAACUGGUUAGUAAUUGUUAGAAGAGUUUUAAA